AUGCCGGCUCAGGGCCGCUCCGUGACGCCCAACCUCCCCCCGGUCGACGACGAGGCCACCGUCCCUCUCUCCAACCUCUUCAAACCCGGCCUUGAUCCCGCAACCGUCGGUGCCGCGACCCGGCCAGCUGGCCGGAGCAUUGUUGUCACAUCCGACGAUCGCCGCUACCGCUUCGAAAGCAUCUCAGUAGUCAAAGCAGCCAAUGCCCAGCUUGUCCCAGCCUACAGCAUUGGAUCUUCACCUAUGCUCUCAUCCUGGGGUCGGUCACCGAGGAUGUCACACGCGGCGCCCUUCAUCCCCAACUACUUCCUGGUGAACGUGCAGUUCUGCGUGGUGCCGACGCUCGGCACGAGCCUGCUUGCCAUCGGAACGGUAUACUGGUUCGUCUGGGCCAGAGUGCUGCCGGCGUUUGGGCACCAUAUCCAGCACGAGAUCAUCCAGAUGCUGGAUGGGAGUGAGCGCGUCAAGUACAAGAGAGGAUCAAGCCCAAGAAGCGGUUGA